AUGGCUGCCAACGACAUUACAUUUUGUCAAAAUUUGACAGAAAAUCCAGAAAACGAAAACGUCGAUGCUGUGUGCAAACUCAUCAUUGAAGAUAGACAUGUGACAUAUCGCGAGACUGAGGCAUCCUUAAGAAUCUCAAAGACCUCAAUUCAAAAAAUUUUACAUGAAAAAUUAGGAGUAAGAAAAUUAGUUUCUCGUUGGAUACCCCACCUGUUGACUGAAGAGCAGAAAGCAGCCAGGGUUAAUUGGUGUCAAAAAACGCUUGACCGUUUCAAUUCCGGAAACUCAAAAAAUGUGUACAGCAUUGUUAGUGGUGAAGAAAAGCCAACAAAAGUCAUCCGUUCUCGAAGUGUUUUGAAAAAGAUGGUCACGAUAUUUGGGUCAAAAGCAGGUCAUAUUGCAACAAUUCCUCUUAAUGAGCAAAUAACUGUUACUGCGGAUUGGUAUACCACCAUUUGUUUGCCAACGGUCAUCAACGAGCUUCGGAAAAUCAACCCCGAAAGAAGAAUCAUCCUCCACCAAGACAAUGCAAGCUCGCACACAGCCCAAAAAAUAAGGCAGUAUUUAACGGAAGAAAACGUGGAAUUAUUGGACCAUCCUCCAUAUAGUCCCGAUCUAAGUUCUAACGAUUUCUUUACUGUCCCGAAAAAUAAAAAAAGACUGCGUGGUCAAAGGUUCCAGUCACCAGAAGAAGCAGAUGACGCAUUCAAAAAUGCCGUUUUGUAUCUGCCAGCAAACGAGAGGAAUAAGUGCUUCGAAAACUGA